CCAUCACGCUCACUUCCUGUCGUCACGCGUACCAGAGUCAUGUCUUCUGAUCCUGCUCGGCAUCACCAUGGGCUUGCUGACGUACCACUUCAGACACCUGGUGCACGAGGAGCACUUCCCUGACAUCGAGCUGCCGUCCGGCGCCAAAAUCGGUGCUUGCCAGACAGAGCGCAGCGCCUUCCUGCCCAACUUCAACUCGAACCUCUUCUUCCUGGUGCUGCUGCCGCCCAUCAUCCUGGAGGCGGCGUACUCGCUGCACGACCGCACGUUCGCCGACAACCUGGGCACGAUCCUGCUCUACGCGGUGGUGUUGCCGCUCACUGGCCAAUGGGAGGCCCGGUGCCGACAGAGGCUUGGCUUCCGGCGCCAGCGUGUCGAGACUCUGUAG